AUGUGUGGGGCCCUGAGAGCUGUGGUCACCCUCCUCCUCUGGGGGCAGUUGUUUGCAGUGAACUUUGGAAAUGAUGUCACAGAUACUUCAGAUGUUGGCUGCCCAAAGGCACCUGAGAUUACAAAUGGCUACAUGGAGCAUUCAGUUCGCUAUCAGUGUAAGAAAUUCUACAGACUGCGCUCUGAAGGAGAUGGAGUGUACACUCUAAACAGUGAGAAGCAGUGGGUGAAUAAGGCCAUUGGAGAGACACUUCCUGAAUGUGAAGCAGUGUGCGGAAAGCCUCAGAAUCCAGUGGAUCAGGUGCAAAGGAUCAUUGGGGGGUCCGUGGAUGCCAAAGGCAGCUUUCCCUGGCAGGCUAAAAUGAUCUCCCGUCACAAUCUCACCACGGGGGCCACCCUGAUCAGCGAGAAAUGGCUGCUGACCACAGCCAAAAACCUCUUCCUGAAUCAUACAGCAGAUGCAACAGCAGAGACCAUUGCUCCUACUUUAAAACUCUACGUGGGGCGAAAUCAGCCUGUGGAGAUUGAGAAGGUGGUUCUCCACCCUAACUACCCCAAAGUCGACAUCGGGCUCAUCAAACUCAAACAGAAGGUGCCUGUGGAUGAGAGAGUAAUGCCCAUCUGCCUGCCCUCCAAGGACUACGCGGAGGUGGGGCGUGUGGGUUACGUGUCUGGCUGGGGGCGGAAUGCCAACUUUGAAUUCGGUGAGCUCCUGAAGUAUGUCAUGCUCCCUGUGGCUGCCCAGAAGGAGUGUGUGGAGCACUACGAAGGCAGCACCGAAGCCGAAAACAAGCAACCAAAGAGCCCUGUUGGGGUGCAGCCCAUCCUGGGCGAGCACACCUUCUGUGCGGGCAUGUCCAAGUAUCAGGAAGACACCUGCUACGGAGACGCUGGCAGCGCCUUUGCUGUCCACGACCAGGACGACGACACCUGGUACGCAGCCGGGAUCCUGAGCUUUGAUAAGAGCUGUACUGUGGCCGAGUACGGGGUGUACGUGAAGGUGCCCUCCAUCCUGGACUGGAUUCAGACCACCAUAGCUGACAACUAG